CAGAAAUAAGAAGCUAUGGCUGCAGUGAUACUGGAGAGCAUCUUUCUGAAGCGAUCCCAGCAGAAAAAGAAAACAUCACCUUUAAACUUCAAGAAGCGCCUCUUUCUCUUGACUGUGCACAAACUUUCCUACUAUGAGUAUGACUUUGAACGUGGGAGAAGAGGCAGUAAGAAGGGUUCAAUAGAUGUCGAGAAGAUCACCUGCGUUGAAACAGUGGUUCCUGAAAAAAAUCCUCCCCCUGAAAGACAGAUUCCGAGAAGGGGUGAAGAAUCCAGUGAAAUGGAGCAGAUCUCAAUCAUUGAAAGGUUCCCUUAUCCCUUCCAGGUUGUAUAUGAUGAAGGGCCUCUCUAUGUCUUCUCCCCAACUGAAGAACUGAGGAAACGUUGGAUUCACCAGCUUAAAAAUGUAAUCCGGUACAACAGUGAUCUGGUACAGAAAUACCACCCGUGCUUCUGGAUUGAUGGGCAGUAUCUCUGCUGCUCUCAGACAGCCAAAAAUGCUAUGGGCUGCCAAAUUUUGGAAAACAGGAAUGGAAGUUUAAAACCUGGGAGUUCUCAUAGGAAGACAAAAAAGCCUCUUCCUCCUACGCCUGAGGAGGACCAGAUCUUAAAAAAACCACUGCCCCCUGAACCAACAGCAGCACCCGUCUCCACAAGCGAGCUGAAAAAGGUUGUAGCCCUUUAUGAUUACAUGCCAAUGAAUGCAAAUGAUUUACAGCUGCGGAAGGGUGAUGAAUAUUUUAUUCUGGAGGAGAGCAAUUUACCCUGGUGGCGAGCACGAGAUAAAAAUGGGCAGGAAGGCUACAUCCCUAAUAACUAUGUCACUGAAGCAGAAGACUCCAUUGAAAUGUAUGAGUGGUAUUCAAAACACAUGACUCGGAGUCAAGCUGAAGAACUGCUAAAGCAAGAGGGGAAGGAAGGAGGUUUCAUUGUCAGAGACUCCAGCAAAGCUGGAAAAUAUACUGUGUCUGUGUUUGCUAAAUCUACAGGGGACCCUCAAGGGGUGAUACGCCAUUAUGUUGUGUGUUCCACACCUCAGAACCAGUAUUACCUGGCUGAGAAGCACCUCUUCAGCACCAUCCCUGAGCUCAUUAACUACCAUCAGCAUAAUUCUGCAGGACUCAUAUCUAGGCUCAAAUAUCCAGUGUCUCAGCAAAACAAGAAUGCACCUUCCACUGCAGGCCUGGGCUACGGAUCAUGGGAAAUUGAUCCAAAGGACCUGACCUUUUUGAAGGAGCUGGGGACUGGACAAUUUGGGGUAGUGAAGUAUGGGAAAUGGAGAGGCCAGUAUGAUGUGGCCAUCAAGAUGAUCAAAGAAGGCUCCAUGUCUGAGGAUGAGUUCAUUGAAGAAGCCAAAGUCAUGAUGAAUCUUUCCCAUGAGAAGCUGGUGCAGUUGUAUGGCGUCUGCACCAAGCAGCGCCCCAUCUUCAUCAUCACUGAAUACAUGGCCAAUGGCUGCCUCCUGAACUACCUGAGGGAGAUGCGCCACCACUUCCAGACUCAGCAGCUGCUGGAGAUGUGCAAAGAUGUCUGCGAAGCCAUGGAAUAUCUGGAGUCAAAGCAGUUCCUUCACCGAGACCUGGCAGCUCGAAACUGUUUGGUGAAUGAUCAAGGAGUUGUUAAAGUAUCUGACUUUGGCCUGUCCCGGUAUGUUCUAGAUGACGAAUAUACAAGCUCAGUAGGCUCCAAAUUUCCAGUCCGAUGGUCUCCACCAGAAGUCCUUAUGUACAGCAAGUUCAGUAGCAAAUCUGACAUUUGGGCUUUUGGGGUUUUGAUGUGGGAAAUUUACUCUCUGGGGAAGAUGCCAUAUGAAAGAUUUACUAACAGUGAAACUGCUGAACACAUUGCCCAAGGCCUACGUCUCUACAGGCCUCAUUUAGCUUCAGAGCGGGUAUAUACCAUAAUGUACAGCUGCUGGCAUGAGAAAGCAGAUGAACGUCCCACUUUCAAAAUUCUUCUGAGCAACAUUCUAGAUAUCAUGGAUGAAGAAUCCUGAGCUCACCAAUAAACUUCCUGGUUCUAUUCUCCUCCACAAGCCCCAAUUUCACUUUCUAGGAGGAAAACCCAGGCUACAGGUUCUGGAGCCUUUGUGCUCUAGCUGAAUACACACAAACCCUUCUCUACAUUUAGGACUGCCUCUCUUCUUUGAUUCCCUGGGAUAGUACCUCUGAGCAAAGGCUAAGGAAUUAUUGUGCCUGGUGCUGUCACCCAAGGAAAUUUCCCGAGAGUAUUAAGAGACUGAAUUUGGGAUAGAAACGGUUUUGGGGAGAGAGAGAUGUAAAUAGCCUCACAAGGGGUCCAACAGAUCUUUGGGUAGACAUUAGAGCUUGGGGGAAGGGAGACUGAAUUUGGCAAGAAUAUAACCAUGUCAUAAAAAUGGGAG